AUUAUAAUCGUGUGAUACGUAUAGCAGUACUCAACAGGACUUCAUUCAAUUGUGUAAAAGGUGAAUUCGAAAUCAAUUUCAUUAAUUUCUCUCAGUUUCUUCUUUCGACCAUUUACAGCACCCUCUUCUCCGCUCACUGCUCACAUGAUCGUAAGAGAUGAAUCAUCUUUUAUUGCUAGCUCUAGUAGUGGUGCUUCCUUAUGAUGACUGGGCGAAUGCAAACGAACCAGAACGAUGUGGGUACAUGAUCCAUAUCCCGAGACUACCAAAGCCUGAUGAUCUGCCCGAUUUGAACUUUGAAGGAAUACCAUGGAGCCAGCGUCCCCUCAUCCCGGCUUUGGAGCGGGAGGACGUGUGUAUGGAUGCCUACUUUUCGGGCUCGGCCACUUCCGGGACACAAGUCAUAUACAUGGAUGAGGAAAUAGAGGAACCCGUGCCUAUAGCUAAGUUAAAUUAUCAAGGAACCGAACCACCGGUCGUUCUGCAGCCACUCGUAUCUGGUUCAUUCGCAAUGCUUGGACCAGAAAUAAGAAAAGUUAAUGAAGAAUGGUUUAUUUACAUCACGCAAAGACAGGACUACGAGAUUACGGCCAUGCAAAACUAUAUGUUUGAAAUUGAAGCCCCGGGGCAGACGUUGGUGGCCACCAUUUCUCUAGAAGUGGUCAAUAUUGACGAUAACGCACCAAUUAUACAGUUCUUUGAACCCUGUGUAAUUCCCGAGAUGAGUGAUAUAGGUCUGACGAAUUGCGUGUACGACGUGACAGAUGAAGAUGGAGAGAUCAGUACUUCACAAAUGACGUUUGAAAUCAGCAGCGACCGAAAUGACGACGACAUGUUCCACAUCGUCGGAGGGAACAUAUCACCUGACUGGAAGAGAAUGACUAUGACCAUAGGCCUAAACGUGUCGCUCAAUUAUGAACUCAACGCCCUUCAUAUCUUUAGAGUGACGGCUUUGGACUCUCUACCAAAUGAGCACCAGAUAACUAUGAUGGUGCAAGUAGAGAACGUGGAGCACCGGGUGCCUCGCUGGGUAGAGAUAUUCGCGGUGCAGCAGUUCGAUGAAAAAACUGCUCAGAGUUUCAAAGUUAUGGCCAUCGACGGAGACACCGGCAUCAAUAGGCCCAUAUUCUACAAAAUCGAGACUAAUCCUGAAGAUGCUGAGUUUUUUAAAAUAGUAACUAUUGAAGGGGGCUACAAUGGCGCUACAUUAGAAGUGAAACCGAUAGAUCGAGAUGCAAUUCAGAGAGAACUCUUCCCAAUAUCAAUUAUAGCUUAUAAGAGCAACAACGAAUCACUACUAUCGAGCACCGCCAGCGUCGUGAUCAUCAUUAACGAUGUCAACGAUAGCCCCCCCAAGCCUCUGCAAACGGAAUACUCCGUCAGCAUAAUGGAAGAAACCGCGCAGACAAUUAACUUCGAUGAAGAGAUUGGUUUCCAUGAUAAAGAUUUGGGUCCAAAUGCGCAGUAUUCCGUUCAUUUGGAAAGUGUUAACCCUCCAGGGGCGGAGCAAGCGUUCUUUAUUGCGCCCCAGGUGGGCUACCAGCGACAGACCUUUAUCCUGGGCACACAAAAUCAUAGCCUGCUGGACUUUGAAGUACCACAAUUUCAAACAAUACAACUGAAGGUGGUCGCGACGAACCUAGGCCGACCUGACCUGACCGGAGAGGCAAAUGUGACCAUCACACUUAUUAACUGGAAUGACGAGAAGCCCAUUUUUGAGCAGAAUGUGCAAGAGGUCCAAUUUAAUGAAACUGAAGGAGCAGGCUUCUAUGUCGGCACAGUAAGGGCUCACGACAGGGACAUUCAAGACCGAGUAGAGCACUCGCUCCUCGGCAACGCUCAGAGCUACCUCCACAUUGACAAAGACUCAGGAAAGGUGCAUGUAACGACAGAUGACGCCUUUGAUUAUCAGAGACAAAACGAAAUCUUCGUUCAGGUUCUAGCUACGGACACUCUGGGGGAGCCCUACAACACGGAGACGGCGCAGCUUGUCAUCAAACUCAACGAUAUCAACAACACCCCACCUCGGCUGACACUGCCUCGACGAAGCCCGGAGGUGAAAGAAAACGUGGUCGCUGGCACCGUGGUAACGCGCGACAUCCGCGCUGAGGAUGCCGAUACCUCCGCCGAUCUGCUCUAUCACAUCCAAUGGGACGCUUCCUACGCCACCAAGCAAGGCCGACACGUGGACCCCUCGCACUACAAGGAGGUUGUGACCAUCGAAACCAGCUACCCUGACGGACAUCAUCGCUACGCUGUGGGCACGUUGCUAGUGAGGGAAAUUAGGGAGGGCAUCACUAUCGACUACGAGGAGUUCGACAUGCUGUACUUGAGCGUCAGGGUCGAAGAUAGGAACACCGAGAUUGGAGACACCUACGAUGAAGCAUUAUUUGUGGUGGUAAUAAUUGACUUGAACGACAACGCGCCAGUUUGGGAUGAGAACACAUUGUCACAGAGUUUUACCGUCAGAGAACGUUCCAGUACCAACGUUGUAAUCGGCUCCGUGUUAGCUACGGACAUCGACGGACCGCUUUAUAAUCAAGUGCGGUAUACUUUACGACCACGCGGAGAUACGCCGAAGAAUCUAGUAAAAAUAGACCUGAGGACGGGACAGCUGACAGUAGACGAGGACAGCGCUAUAGAUGCGGACGAGCCUCGAUUCAACCUCUAUUACACCCUCGUAGCUAGCGACUGCUGCCUGCUUGAAGUCUGCCCGCCCGAUCCCAUAUGCCAUGAACCGGAGGGGGAGAUAGCGAUUGCGAUUAUAGAUACAAACAACAAACCACCGAUUCCGGACACGUCGAAAUUUAACGUUACUGUAGAGAUCUAUGAAAAUGCACCGAACGACACUAAUGUUGUCUUGCUUGCAGCUAUAGACUUGGAUAGAGACGAAAUAUACAAUACAGUUCGGUACCAGAUCCAGUACUCGGUAAACAGUCGUCUGCGCGACUUCUUUGCAGUAGACCUGGACACAGGCCGCGUGUACGUGCACUACACUACCAACGAUGUCCUCGAUCGCGACGGAGAUGAACCACAACAUCAAAUAUUCUUUACACUUAUAGACAACUUCUAUUCUGUCGGAGACGGUAACAGAAACCAAGAACAACUCGAGGUGCUAGUCAUUCUUUUGGAUGAGAACGACAACGCACCGGAGCUACCCGACAAAAACAAGUUCGGUUGGGAUAUCAGUGAAGCUGUUCAGAAGGGUGUUAAACUUUCCCCCUUAAUAAACGCCCCGGACCGUGACGAACCGAAUACACCAAACUCAGAAGUGGGCUACGACCUCAUCAACGUCACUCUCACUUCGAGAGACCUCUCUUUGCCCACACUCUUUGAAAUGGUUACCUCCUGGAACGAAGAACUCCAGAACAAUAUCGGCGAACUACGCACUACCAUUGAUAUGAAAGGCUUUUGGGGGACCUAUGCAGUCGGUGUCAGGGCGUUCGACCACGGUGAUCCUCAGCAGAUUUCAGAGGAGAUCUACUCUCUGGUGAUUAAGCCUUACAACUUCCAUGAUCCUGUGUUCGUGUUUCCACCGAGCGGCUCCACCGUUCGCCUAGCAAGGGAACGAGCCGACUUGAACGUUGUUUUGGUGACUGUGGGUGGAAAAGACUUACAACGUCUCGAAGCGACUGAUGAAGAUGGGCUUGAAGCCGGGACGGUCACGUUCCAAAUUGUAGGCGAAGAUAGCACUGCAGAAUACUUUCAUGUUGUUAACGAUCGUUUCAACCAAGGUAUACUCAUGUUGAAAAAAAUGUUCACUGAAACCGUCAGGGAAUUUCAGGUCACAAUCCGAGCUACGGACGGUGGCAUCGAGCCGGGGCCGCGUUGGUCUGAAAGCUCGUUUCGGGUCGCUUUUGUCCCUACCCGGGGUAACCCACUAUUUCCCCAACUCACUGAAACUGUCAAUUUCGUUGAGGAGGUCGGAGGUCUUUCUGAGAGGCGUGAACUCAGUCGUGCCGAGGAUCCGAAGAACUACUUGUGCGAGGACGACUGUCACAUUAUCGUGUAUAAAAUAUUAGACGGAAACGACCUUGGGCAUUUUGGCUUGGACAGCGCUGACAAUGUCUUAUACGUCGUGAAGGAGUUAAACCGCACCGCAGCUAUGAGUCACACGUUGCAGAUCGCCGCUAGUAACGCCGACACCGCAACGACACCUCUUCCAGAGUCUAUUCUGACUGUUACUGUAAACGUGAGAGAAGCAAAUCCUCGGCCAUACUUCGAUCGGGAAUUGUACACCGCAGGCAUUUCCGUUAUGGACACUAUUAACAGGAUACUCUUCAAUGUCUCCGCUCGGCACUCGGACAACGCAGAAAUAAGGUACUCUAUAGACGAGGAAUCUAUGUCAGCGGAUCUGAGCUUGUCGGUCGUCAAGGAUUCCGCUUUUCAUCUGAACGAGCGCACUGGCGUUCUCACUUUGGCUUUUCAGCCCACGUCCAGCAUGCAUGGCAUGUUCGAGUUCAACGUGGUAGCUCGGGACUCUGCCGGGGCGACGGAUACAGUGGAAGUAAAGAUCUACUUGAUAUCAUCACAGAACCGAGUAUUCUUCAUGUUUGUGAACACGUUGGAGCAAAUAGAAAGCAAGAUUGACUUUAUUGCGUCAACCUUCAGCUCAGGCUUUUCUAUGACAUGCAACGUGGAUCAGGUGGUGCCCGCGAGUGACGAACAGGGCGUGGCCCGCACUGAUGUGACGGAGGUGAGGGCCCACUUCGUGCGCGACCACGUGCCCGUCAGCGUCGAAGAAAUCGAGAAUUUGCGAAGUGACACAGCGUUGUUGGGCGCCAUCCAGCGCACGCUGAGCACGCAGCUGCUGGCGCUGCUGGACUUGGUGACAGGUGACAGCCCCAGUCUCAGCGGCGACUCCAAUGCCGCGCUGCUCUAUGCGGUGGCAGGACUAGCCGCUCUUCUCGGGUUGAUGUGCAUCGUGUUGCUCGUUACUUUUAUAGUCAGGACAAGAACACUGCAUCGUCAGCUGCAAGCAUUGUCGAUGACGAAGUACGGGUCGCUAGACUCGGGUUUGAAUCGCGCUGGUCUGGCGGCGCCCGGCACCAACAAACAUGCAGCUGAAGGCUCCAACCCUAUCUGGAACGACGCCGUGAAGGCACCAGACUUUGACGCCUUAAGCGAGGAUUCCGACGACUCUGAUCUGAUAGGGAUCGAAGAUUUGCCGCAGUUCCGCACCGACAGCAGCGCAGCCAACGCCCUCGACUUCGGGGAAGAGGUACAGAGGACUGGAAACAAAUUGGCGACACACGAUAAUAACUUUGCCUUUAACCCGACACCUUUCAGUCCAGAGUUCGCAAACGCACCGAUCAGACGAUAGGGAACUUUUACAUUGUUUUUAUACCAUUAAAAAAGGAAAACAGUUUAAAACAGUAAUAUUUUAUUUACUUUAUAUAUAAAUACUGUGAAGCAUUUGCUUGAUAGUUUAGAAGAGAUCUUAAUCGAUUUGAAUUCAAGGUGACAAGCCGCUUGGUCAAAAAAAAUUUAUUCGGUUUAAACAACAAAUUAUACGAUUUAAAAAUACAAUGCAUUAGUUUUCAUUGACACAUUUACAUGAGACGUUAAACAUUUUAUUUAUCAUGGUUUUAUUAUUUAGAAGAUACAAUAGAAAUUAUACAAACAAAUUAAAGUUUUAGAAUACCUAAUCAAAAUCGAAAUGAACUUAAUCUGGGUUUGAUUGAUUUUAGGUAAAAUUUGGUAGAUGCCGACUGUAUGCCUUUUCAGUAGCACAUUGCAGAAUUUUUGUUGUCUUUUUUAUUGUAUGUGUAACCUUGUGUUGAUGAAUAAAUUUAUUUACUUUUA